AUGCAUCUUUCCAAAUCUUCUAAAUUUGCAGCUGCACUUUCAGUUUCCACAUUGGUUUCAGGAAUUGAAGCUAACCAUAAAUUUUUAUAUGAUGAUCAUGCGGACUUGGCAUCAAUUGAACAAAACUCAAGGUAUUGUCAAUCGAAGGAUUUUUUUCAAGUUGGAGGAAAAAUUCCCAAGUCAGAAUUGACGGGAGACUCUGUUAAAUCAUUUCUGAAGAGAGACUCAAGUGAAGCUGCUUAUGCCGACUUCAAGGCAGACAUUCGUGAUAUCAUGAACUCAGAAUCCCCGGAAUUUGAUCUUGAAAAAAGGGGAUGGCUCUCAAACUAUUUCUCUUCAGUUCAAACUCAAAUUCUGUGUAUCUUUAGCUUUGCAGCCAAGCAUAGCUGGAGUUGGAGUUGGGGUAAAAGAGAUCUCCAAGAUGACGAACUUGGAGAGCUUUUUGCAAACAUUAUAGCUCUUUCUCGUCGCUCUGAAAUUCUGGACAAUGAAGAUGCUAAUGAAAAGGCAAAGAGAGAAAUUAUGAAUGAUAUUGCUGCAGACCUUUGUGCAAAUAUCCUUGGACUUGUAGCAAGAGAUGUUGAUACUGGUAUUGCCAAACGUGAGUUCGAGAAUUUCAAGAGUGAUUUUAAGGCUGAUAUUCGUGAUAUUAUUGAUGAAAUGGAUAGUCAGAAAUUUGACCUUUCCAAAAGAGGCUGGCUUUCAGGAUUCAUUUCUUCUGUUCAGAAUCAAAUCAGUUGCAUUUUCAACUCCGCUUCAAAGACUAGUUGGAAAUGGAGUUGGGGGAAGAGAGAAGUAAGUGAAGGUGAACUUACAGAUGUCUUAGCCAAUGUCAUAGCGCUUGCGAGUCGCUCGGAGAUUGAAGGUAAGGGGAAAAGAGAGGAAUUAUCAGACUUAGCAGCUCAAAUCUCUGCAAGUGUGCUUGGUUUGUUCCAAAGACAAGAAUCAAAUGGUAUUGAUAAAAGAUCUCUUUACGAUGUUGGCCAAGGUAUUUUAAAUUCUUUCCGUUACUCAGUGCCAGAUGCUUAUUUCACCGUAUCUGAUGUUGUAUGGGUAAAGGAUGAUUUGUACAAGGUAACUAUCAAUUUUGAAUCAAUUGAGUCUGCUAAGUUGUUUAAUAAUUUCCAAGAUGAAUUAAAAACCCUCUCAAUUAGCGGAGUUGGUAUUGGAUCAUCGGAAAUUCUUAUGUGGGAUGGCAGUUCUGAUAGUAAAGUUGAUGAUUUUUCCAAAUGGUCUUCAACUAUCUUGGUUAAAGCGGAAAAGCACGAUGGAAUGUACUGUAUGCCACACGAUUUUACACUCAACUUCGAUUGGAAUGCUAGACCAACAAGUGUCUUGCAUUCUGUAUGGAGUGAUUACUUUGAUACAAAAUACAAGUAUACAUUAUCUCAAGACUUCGAGAACCUGUUUAACAUGAACAAAGAUAAAAAUAGUAUUGAUAAAAGAAUGCUUGCAUACGAAUCCCCACUUUACCAUAGUGGAACUGAAUUCGACAUAUCUGCUUUGAGCCAUUGGAAAGCUUCGUCAAAUGAGCUUCCAAACUUUUGCUGGUCAUCAAAGUGCUCAACAGAAUAA